AAAACAUUUUCACGUUCAACAAAAAAAACACUCUUAAACAAAACCUUAAAACAUACGUUAAAACUUGUUCACAAGUGUCACAAGAAAAAAAUUCAAUUCAACGCAAAUCAUAAACAAAUACCAACCCAUUUUUCUUCAUCUAGAUUCAUCCAAUACCCAAUAUUCAAAAUCUGAUUUUUUUUUACAAUGGAAUCAAAGAAUCCAGCAAGGUUCAAGCUAGGAAAACAAUCUUCACUAGCACCCGAAAGACAUAGUGAAGAAGAUGAAGUUCAUCAUGAUGGUGCUGCUACUAUUGAUCCUGGUGUUAGGUUGAUGUAUUCAGCGAAUGAAGGUGAUGUUGAUGGAAUUCGUGAGGUGAUUGAAUCAGGUGUUAGUGUUAAUUUUAGAGAUGUUGAUGGAAGGACUGCUCUUCAUAUUGCUGCUUGUCAAGGGUUGAGUCAUGUUGUUCAGUUGUUGCUUGAGAAAGGGGCUGAUGUUGAUCCUAAAGAUCGAUGGGGAAGCACGCCCCUUGCAGAUGCUAUAUUCUAUAAAAACAAGGAUGUUAUCAAACUAUUGGAGAAUCAUGGAGCAAAGCCUCUGAUGUCCUCUAUGCAUGUUAAUCAUGCACGAGAAGUUCCAGAAUAUGAAAUCAAUCCUAAAGAACUUGAUUUUACCAACAGUGUGGAGAUAACAAAGGGGACUUUCUGCCUUGCGUUGUGGCGUGGGACUGAGGUCGCAGUAAAAAAGCUCGGGGAGGAUGUGAGCAGUGAUGAGGAGAAAGUAAAGGCUUUCAGAGACGAGCUGGCUCUGUUUCAGAAGAUUCGGCAUCCAAAUGUAGUGCAGUUUCUUGGUGCUGUGACACAGAGUACUCCAAUGAUGAUUGUGACAGAAUAUCUUCCCAAGGGAGAUCUUCGUGAUUUCAUGAAAAGAAAAGGAGCUUUGAAACCAAGUACAGCUGUGAGAUUUGCACUUGAUAUUGCUAGGGGUGUGGGUUAUUUGCAUGAAAAUAAACCAUCGCCUAUUAUUCAUCGUGAUCUUGAGCCUUCUAAUAUAUUGCGGGAUGAUUCCGGGCACCUAAAAGUUGCAGACUUUGGGGUCAGCAAGUUGCUAGCAAAUAAAGAAGACAAGCCUCUAACUUGCCAAGAAACUUCUUGCCGCUAUGUGGCUCCUGAGGUUUUUAAACAAGAAGAAUAUGACACUAAAGUGGAUGUGUUCUCAUUUGCACUAAUUCUACAAGAGAUGAUUGAAGGCUGCCCUCCUUUUUCUGCAAAGCGUGAUGACGAGGUUCCUAAGGUAUAUGCUUCAAAAGAGCGGCCACCCUUCCGAGCUCCAAUCAAGCGUUAUUCUCAUGGAAUUCGAGAGUUGAUUGAAGAGUGCUGGAAUGAGAAUCCAGCAAAGAGGCCAACGUUCAGGCAAAUAAUAACAAGACUGGAGUCCAUCUACAAUACAAUUGGUCAAAAAAGACGUUGGAAGGUUAGACCAUUGAGAUGCUUUCAGAAUCUUGAAGCUUUGUUGAAGAGGGAUCGGUCAAAUCUAAGCAGUCGGGGCAGUUCAUCUCGCUCAGCUUCCAGCCGUACAUGAAGAAGGACGAAGAUUGGUGUUAUUCUGUAUAACUUCAAUAUUGACGUAAAGAAAAAGAUACAAAUUGACCUUCAUUUCACUUGUUGAAUUGGAGCAUAUAAACAUCUUCUUGUGUGUUUUCCCAAGUUCAUGAUUGUGAUUUUAGCUUCGUCAAGAUUCUUCUUCAAUUAAUUAUUUCCAACUACAUAAUAUCUGGCCAUAGAAUUGCUUGUAACAAAGGAACGUAAUUUAGGAAUUUGCUCUAUGUCAUGUACAUUAUGUAUGUAUUAUUAUGCAACAAGACAUUUUUUGUAUAAACAUGAUGUAGGAUUUUUCAGCAGAUUUGUAUUAGAAUAACGUACGAAAUAAAUGAUGUCUCGUAA